AUGAUUCAACUAAAGACGAUGCUCAACUGCAUCGACAACUCGGGCGCUGCCCUUGUUGAAUGCGCCAUGGUUGUCGGCCAGAAGAGGCAUGCUUCUAUCGGCGACAGAAUAGUAGUAGUAGUCCAAAAACAGCGCGGCGCCGACUCCGCCGGUAUGGCCGCCUCCUCCGCCGCCACCAAAGUCAAGCGCGGCGACAUCCGGCACGCCGUAGUCGUGCGGACCAAGCAAAAAGUUUCUCGGCGCGACGGCUCUGUCGUCCGUUUCGAUGACAACGCUUGCGUGCUGAUCAACAAGGCCGGCGACCCGAUCGGCUCGAGAAUCAACGGAGUUGUGGGCCAGGAACUACGCAAAAAGAAGUGGAGCAAGAUAUUGAGUAUGGCGCCUAUGCAGGCUUAG